AUGGGCCCUAUUGGUCAAUCCUGUACCGACUCUGGGUGCGUUCAAUGGGAAGAAACGGGCGACAAGAUAAUAUCUCAUAUAAAUGUAUCCUUUAACAAACGCGGAGUCACUUCAAUCCAGUUUGGAUAUGUCGAGAAUGGAUCUGUUGUCAUUUCUAAAACCUACGGUUCACCAUCACCUGUCUGUAGCAGGCGAAUUCUGAGGCUGAACCAUGAGACAGAGUUUGUGACUGGGAUUCACGGGGAGGUAUACAAUGGAGAAUUUGGUCUUAAGAAGAUGGAGUUUCAUUCAGGGAUACUUGAACGCCGUGAGUUUGGAGGUUUCUUCGGAACUUGUGACCAUGCUCAGUUGAAAUCUAUUGGUUUCUACGUGAGGCCUGUGAUCCCAAAUGCUAUGGCCAUCAAAGGGUAA